AUGAGAGAUGCGAGAGAAAAUGCUUACAGAAACUUUUCCCAUUUUGUUUUGUCCUGGGUUGAUUCCAGACAGACUAAGGGACUACGCGCACAGCUGGAUACUUGCACAAAAGGAGCUCAGAUAACACCAAGUGGCAAUUGCGAUGGUUCAUCCUCUACCAGAGUACAAUUUGAGUUCAGUAGCAAAGGUAUUGAAUCUGAUAAAUUGCUGAUACAGAACCUGCUCUUCUACUACGAGUCGGAAAACAACACGCGGCCGACGGGUGUGCUGUUGCUCGAAGGCUCUUACUGCGAACGGCUUAGCAAAUCGCCUAUGGAACGAAAUGCCUCGUUUUGCUUCACUAUAUCGUACCGGCGCGAGACUCAGCGACAGUACGAGCUGCGUGCAGCGUCUGAAGUAGAUUGCGUGCAUUGGGUCGACGCUAUCCGUGAGGUGCCAACUAAAGAGAGUAUUGAGACCUUGUCUGCUCUGGAAAUUGCCGAGCAAAUGACGUAUUUGGAUUACCAGAUCUUCAGCGCAAUACACAGCGAGGAGUUCUUGGGGCAAGCGUGGACAAAAGCAGAUAAGGCGGAGAGAGCUCCGCACAUCUUGAUGAUGACCGCUCACUUCAAUCACAUCUCAAACCUCGUCAUAUCAGAGAUUUUGAAGAAGUAUACCAUGACAGGGCGAGUGCAAGCUAUAGAGAAAUGGGCGGCAGUAGCGGACAUAGCCCGGUGUCUCCACAAUUUCAAUGGCGUGCUGCAAGUGUGCGCUGCGCUCUCAAAUACUUCCGUUUACCGCCUCAAGAAGACUUGGGAGAAAGUCUCCAAAACGAGCAAACAAACAAUUGAGAGGAUGCAAACACUAAUAUCUUCAGAAUGCAGGUUUAGAAUCCUGCGAGAUGCGUUGCACAGGUGCGACCCUCCGUGCAUUCCGUACUUGGGCAUGUAUUUAUCAGACCUGUCAUUUAUUGACGAAGGCACAUCUAAUUACACUCCUGACGGUUUACUCAACUUUUCCAAGAUGAGAAUGAUCGCCCAUGUGAUUCGUGAGAUCAGGAACUUCCAGCAGACACCUUACAAAAUUGAUCACAUUCCUAAGGUGUGCGAGUUCCUGCUGGACCGCGCGCUGGUCAUCCCCGAGGAGCGGCAGUACACGCUGUCGCUGGAGCUGGAGCCGCGGGCGGCGCGGGGCUCGAGCGCGGGGCUGCACUCGCACUCGCACUCGGCCGCGCCCGCGUCGCCCGCCUCCUAG